UGAACUGAGAGAAAUUCAACUGCGUGGUCUGGAGCAGACAGGCGGAGGYGGCGGUAUCUGCGCAUUUACAGGAUUACGCUGCAAAAUUUUCUACCAGUUUGUUAAAGAGUAACUGGGAAACAGGGAGGCAGCCUUGAUGUGGGCAGUAUGAGUAAGACGCCCCCUAACAGAAGAGGGAUAACAUUUGAGGUGGGAGCUCAGCUUGAAGCCAGAGACAGCCUCAAAAACUGGUAUGCUGCCACCAUAGAGAAGAUUGAUUAUGACGAUGAGAAAGUGUUGAUUCAUUAUCGUCAGUGGAGCCAUCGUUAUGAUGAAUGGUUUGACUGGACAAGUCCUUAUCUGAGACCUGUAGAGAGAAUCCAGCUGAGGAGGCAGGGCCUGAAUGAAGACUCCUCUCCACCUGGCUUUCACAUAAAUGACAAGGUUUUGGCCAGCUGGUCCGACUGCCGUUUCUACCCUGCUAAAGUUAUUUCAGUCAAUAAAGAUGCUUCAUACACAGUGAAAUUCUAUGACGGUGUGAUCCAAACAGUGAAGGGAAUGCAUGUGAAGCCUUUUAUUAAAGAGAGAGGUGGUGCUGGAGGGAGAUCCCGGUCCUCAGAUAAAAAUAUGGUAAAGAGGAUUCCAAAUCGUAGGGACAGAAGGCCUCAUGAGAAUGGGCGUCCCAAAACCAAGCGAGCCAGGCGCAGCACCUCAGACCAGGAAGAGGACAGCAACAGCGAGGACGAGGAGCAUGAAGAGGACAUGGUCAAUGGCAAAAGUCAGAAAACAAACGGGAUGCUGGAGGCUGCGCACAUCAAGCAGGAGGAAGACCUCUCUGGUGAUGCUGAGCAGAACAGUCCUGAUGCAGAAAAAAGGACAGGACUCACAAAUGGCGGGAAGGUUGAAAACGAUUACGAGCAAAAUGAAGAAACCUGCCGUGUGAAUGGAGAYGUGAAGGAGGAGGAGAUGGAGUCGGAACAGAGUGUAGUACAACCAGUUACGGAGUCACCCAUGCCRUAUGCGGAGCUGCAGAGUAAGGCUUCGGUGAAAACGGAGCAGGAGUCUGUCGCUACGACAACCGCAGAACCCAGUGGUGAUGAACAGAAGCCCUGCGUCCAAUCAGAGAGCGUUCAGCCGCCAGCAGACGUACCGCCUCCUCAACCUGUAAAACCGGUUAGGAAGCAGGGCUUCCACAACCCCAACAGGUUCAGCAGAGAGCCACUGUACAGAGUCAUCAAGAACCAGCCUCCUCCRGUCCUUUCUAUUAAUCUUGACCACAACCCAUUCAAGUGCAGCGCUCCAGGCUGCACAAAGUCAUUCCGUAAAGCAAAGCUGCUGCAUUACCACAUGAAAUAUUACCAUGGUGAAGAACAGCCUCCAGAAGGACAGCACAGCCCCACCAGGAGUGUCCAGACCAGGGCUUCUGAGAAGCAGUCCACAGCUGCWGGCUUGGAUGGCACAAAGAGAAGACGCACCGUCUCUGCCACUAUGCACUCUGGAGCUGUUGCGGCUGCCCGUGGUGACAUUAAGACUGUAGGAAGGCGCACAUCAGCUCCACCUGCAGUCAGCACCCAGGGCCAACAACAGAGGGCACUGCUGAAGGAGAAGAGCAAGGAGAACCAGCUGGAGAGGAACAUUUGCCAGCUGCAGGACAAGGACUCAGACAAGACUGGCUUUGACAUUGGUUCUGUAAAAGACAAACUGAGAGAGAAACCUAAACAGAAGGACUUCCUGCGCAUUAAACUAAAGAAGAAGAAGAAGAAAAAGAAGGCCAAGUCCGACUACACAGGUAGUGAGGAGAAUAUUGACAUCUCAGUAUUGGGUCUUCACUCCAAAUUGAAUUUGCCACUCAAAUCCCCCCUCUCACACAAUCACAAGCCCGAGGCCUACCCCAGCAGGCCUGGAUACAGCUACACAGAGCAGAUACAUGUUGAUGAUGAGGACAGCAUCAGUGACUGGUCCACGGACAGCUGUGGAUGGAGCGACGACGACUUGGAGAUGGAUUUGGACGUCACAACGCCGCCUCUUAGUGUAGACUCUGGCGCCUUAGACACCAGUGACCAGGAGAUUGUGCGAUGCAUCUGCGAGGUGGAGGAAGACAACGACUUCAUGAUUCAGUGUGAAGAGUGUUUGUGCUGGCAGCACGGCACCUGCAUGGGCCUGCUGGAGGACAAUGUACCAGACAGAUACACCUGCUAUAUCUGCAGAGAUCCACCAGGUCAGAGGCAGAGUCUGCGUUAUUGGUAUGACCGUGAGUGGCUGACGAACGGCCACAUGUACGGCCUGUCCUUCCUAGAAGAGAACUACUCCCACCAAAACGCCAAGAAGAUCACCACCACCCACCAGCUACUGGGAGACGUGCACCACGUGUUGGAGGUUCUGAACGGCCUGCAGCUCAAGAUGAGCAUCUUAAAGAGCAGCACCCACUCUGACCUGCAGCUGUGGCGACAACCCUGGAAGCACUUGGAGAAGCCGCAUCUCGGCUUCGACUCGUGUCGAGGCAGCAACACGGCUCCCUCUCCCGCGACCCCCGACGAAGACAUGAGCCGAGGAGAGAUUUUAAUGUCCAACGCGCUGGAGAAGUUGAGCCGGGCCGCCACAGCCGCCACCUCCUCUUCGUCCAGCACCUCCCCUCCCUUCCCAUCCUUCCAAGACUCGUACAUUAUCAGUGAACACUGUUAUCAGAAGCCGCGGGCGUAUUACCCAGCUGUAGAGCAGCGGCUGGUGGUGGAGACCCGACAGGGCUCAGAGCUGGAGGACAGCAUGAGGAGCACAGAGGAGCUGCUGGAACGCGAGCAGCGCUACGGAAGCUUGCUGGAGACGGACAAACCUAAACCAUCAGGCAACAACGACAAGGCUUCCUUGGGUCUAUCGUGGUCUCAGGCAGAGAAAAGGGAAGAAGGAGGGAAAGACACUGGAGACAACAGACAGUAUCUGCAGUGGCAGAACAAYCUUCUGGAUCACAUUGAUGUUGUCCAGGACGAGGUAUCGCACCGGAUGGAUUUCAUUGAAAGAGAGUUGGACGUGCUGGAGAGCUGGCUGGACUACACCGGAGAGUUGGAGCCUCCUGAACCUCUGGCUCGUCUCCCUCAGCUCAAACAACGCAUGAAACGGCUGCUGUCACAGCUGGGAAAGGUGCAGCAGAUCGCUCUGUACAGCUCCACGUGAGGGCGCCAGAGAUCAGCAGCAGCUUCAGGCACCACACAGCUAGCUGCAGCAGAACAGUGGAAGAGAUGCGUGUCAAUGCAAGUAAUGCUAAUCUGACCUCCUUUAGUUUCUCCUCUGUGGGGUGGAAUCUAAUGCUGCAGCCAUCCUGUCUCAUAUUUGAAUAUUUAUAUGGGUAUGUACUUAAAGUGAGCAUUUAAUCAGGAUGAAAUGACAGAAAAAAAACGUAAAAUGCAGGAGAAAAUCCUUGCAACCAGAUUACACUUGAUGUGGCUCCCAUGCAACUCUAAACCUUAUGAAUGCCUUUUGUCCAAACUACUGCUUAAUGUUGCCCUGUCUUUCUCAGUGCACAGUGCUUUACACGCAGAGCUUUAUUUUCACAUUGCAGUCGAGUACCUGAACCAACGCUCUUUGCAAUAGUGUUUUGAACGCAUUUUGAAAUGGUCUUUUCUUUUGUGCAUUUUUUUUUUUUUGUGUUCACCUGUUUUCUCAUAUUGUGUUAAAACUCUGGCUGUAAUGUAGACAGUUGGUAACUUGAAUACAUUCAGUAACAUUGCUAAUCAACCAGUCUUUAAAUGAUCGUGUUUCCAAUUACACUGUGAAGCUCUUCGUCUCACAUCUAACUUUCUGUUUUGUCUUAAGAAAAAAAAACUUUUUUUCCUUCAUUUCAUCUGUGUACUGAUCAUAUGACUUUUGUCAGUCACUUUAUUUCUUGUUUUUAUAGCAUUUAUUGUAUAAUUUGCUGAGAACUGUUAUGUGGAUUCUUAAUAACCUAGCAUUUUGUCAAAAUAUUACUUAGAAAACAUGUCAACUUAUAAUUUGUUUAUUUUUCUGUUUUCAUCUCUUCACUUACUGUGUUUUGGUUGCUUAAAAAUUGUCAUUCAAAAACGAGUACUGAAUUGACAAAGUUGUCCAAAUGCAGAUAUUGUAUGCUACUGUACUGUAAACGUUUGUUCUAGAAGCAGGGAAAAAUGUCCAAAACAAUGCAAAACAGAUUUCCUGGUACAUAAAUAAACUAUCAUUGUUAUUAA